AUGGAAAAGUUAGACAUCAAUUCGCAAGAAGUGUAUGAAGAUAUGCAGAAUGCCUUUUUGAAGCAGGACAAAUUCGACUUUUUGGCUAUAUCAGAUGGAAAUGUGAUAAACUCGUACAUGAAAAAAAAUGUCAUAGACUGGAACAAUCGCUACAGUUACAACCAACUGAAAAACAAAGACAGCUUAAUCAUGUUCCUAGUGAAUAUAUUUAGGUCUCUUUUUCUUUCUAACUGUAUUGAUAAAAACAUUGACACUGUUUUAUCUAGCAUAGAAGAAAUGUUCACAGACCACUAUUACAACCCAAUGCAUAGCCGAUUGAAAUAUUUGAUAGACGACGUGGGAAUAUUUUUCACAAAGUUACCAAUAACGAAGGCUUUCCACACAUACAACAAAAAGUAUAGAAUAACAAAAAGGUUAUACGCACCCCCAACAUUUAAUGAAGUUAGACACAUCCUCAAUCUUGCGCAGAUUCUGUCACUUGAAGAUGGUCUAGACUUGUUAACCUUUGAUGCUGAUGAAACACUCUACCCAGAUGGCUAUGAUUUUCACGAUGAAGUUUUAGCUAGCUACAUUUCCAGCUUGCUAAAAAAAAUGAACAUAGCAAUAGUAACUGCGGCCUCAUACAGCAACGAUGCGAAAAAAUAUCAAAAGAGAUUAGAAAAUCUGUUACUAUACUUCUCCAAGCAUAAUAUCGAAGAUAAGUCGUACGAAAAUUUUUAUGUUAUGGGCGGUGAGAGUAAUUAUUUAUUUAAAUGCAAUGAAGAAGCAAAUUUAUAUUCGGUUCCUGAAGGGGAGUGGUACCAUUAUAAAAAAUAUGUAGACAAAGAAACAAUUCAGAAAAUAUUAGAUAUAUCAGAAGAAUGCUUACAACAAGUAAUUACGGAUUUUAAAUUGUUAGCACAAAUACAUAGAAAAGAAAAAUCAAUAGGUCUAGUCCCAGAUAAGAUUCCAUCCGUAAAUAAUCAAAACGAACAAAAGAAUUAUAUGAUAAAAUAUGAAGUUCUAGAAGAAGCAGUUAUCCGUGUGAAAAAGGAAAUAGUAAAAAACAAAAUAACUGCACCCUAUUGUGCCUUUAAUGGGGGACAGGAAUUGUGGGUAGACAUUGGAAAUAAGGCAGAAGGGUUAAUAAUUUUACAAAAAUUGUUGAAAAUAGAAAAAAAAAAGUGUUGUCAUAUUGGUGAUCAAUUUUUACACUCAGGAAAUGAUUUUCCCACGAGGUUCUGCAGUUUAACCUUAUGGAUUAGCAAUCCCCAGGAAACUAAAGCCUGCUUAAAAAGUAUAAUGAACCUAAAUAUGAAGUCCUUUAUCCCUGAAGUUUUAUAUGAAAAUGAAUAA